GGUCCAUCGCCAGCUACGUGGUAACCAGAGCGGAGACAAAGAAAUGCUCUGACUUCUGGAUUUACCUGGAGACAGGCAAGUCCCCGCAGGAGCUCGCCCUGGCUGAAAAUCUGCCCAGCCCAGAGGACAGAGAGAGGGCGGCAGUGCCGGUGAGGAGGAACAAGUACGGGGACGUUGUGGAGUAG